AUGUCAACUCCUGAUGACAAUUUAUUAUGUUUAAUUAAUGAUGCAAAAUUGAAAUUUAAUCAAUAUGCUGAAACUCAAACUAAUUUUCAAGCUCCACAAGCACAUAUUUCAAUUGAAUCAGAAACAAAUGAUACUACUAAAGUACAUAUAGAUGUAGAAUAUAAUGGAAUACAAUAUCAUUUUGAAUCAGUAGAAGAAAAAGAUAUAAAUAAUAUAUAUCAAUAUUUAAAUAGUCAACAUUCUGUAAGAGCAAAAUAUGCUAGUGGUAAUACUCCUUCUCUUAAAGAUACAACUGCAAGAAUACAUACACUUAUCAAUAGAUUUAAAGAUAAAAAAUCACGUCUAUAUCUCUAUAGUGGAUUCACUGUGUGUGAUUCUGAAACAGAUAUGUUUUUAGGCUGUGCUAAUUUGGGAAGUGGAUCUGAACCUGGUACUUCAGAAAUGGCUUUCUUAAAUAGACAAGAUUGUUGGAGUCAUCCAAUUGAUAUAACUUUAACUAAUACAUUGGCAGAUAUGAAAACUACGAAUAAAAAAAUUUAUUCUGGUAUUGGUACAGUAGAAGUAUGCACUUUAUUACAAUAUGGUGCUCGAUUAAAACAAGAUGGUUAUACAAUAGAUGGUCAUCCACUUAAAUCAAUAGUUGCUACUGCAAGACUAGAUAAUGAAGGCUCUUGGAAAUCUUGUGCUAAAGCUGGAAUGACAUUAUAUGAUGUGGGUGUAGUUGAUCAUUAUGGAUCUAAAAUACGUUAUCAAUUACAAAAAAUUAUGUGA